ACAUUUGACAAUUCAGAAUACAAGUAGUACGUUUUAUAUAGAAGUCGCUGCUUAAAGUAGUAAAGUAAAAAAAAAAAGAAAUAUUUGCAAUUCAAGUUUUUUUAAAUAAAAUAUAAGAAUCAUAAUAUAUUUUUAAUAAAGCAUUAAAAUGUUUUAAUAAAUUAAUAAAAAGUAAAUAAAAUGGAAUAAGAAAAUCGAUUAAAAAAUGUUCACUUGAAAAAAAAUAAACGCUAAAAAAGCAAACUGAAAGUGGAAAAUAAUUUCCAAAAACAAACAAAACAAAUGGAAUUUUAAACUGCAUUUCUUUUUAUUCUCAAUUUUGUGAUAACUUUAAAAAGUACAAAUUAGUUAAAAAUUAGACUUAAUGGCCAAUAAUUUAUAGUAUAAAUCAUUUUAAUAAAUUUAAAUCACCAUUCGUGCAAUACAAUAAAAUCUGCUGAAAGUAAACAUUCCUGCGCAAUACAAAAAUGGCUGUCAAAAUGUACUAGGCCAGCCCUCACAAUGUCUGUCCCUGUACGCUACUCUGCUGCCGCCAAUUACGCCGUCGUUGAUAGUGGUUUGAUAAAUACUCUACAACAAGAAGAGCAAUACCACCUACAACAGCAGCAACAGCUGUUUUGUAAUUUGUAUAAUAGCAACAACAACAACAGCAAUAGCUACAACUUUAACGAUUUGGAAGUGCAGCAGCAGUUGAUGCAGCAGCGGUCAUCGAUGUCGUCGUCGGUUUCGCCAGCAAUAGCAUUGCCCACCAAUAUACCGAACACUGUCAUUAAUACCACCAACAUCAACAAUAUUAUGGAUCAAUCAUCUUCGACAUCAAUAAAAACAAUACCAUCAUUAUCAUCAUCACAACAAUCAUCCUCACAUAUGAUGAAUAUGUUGGAGGAUGACAUGAAACCUACGACAUCAGCAAUGGCAGUGUCGGUGGAGGCAGCGGCUAUUAAUGGCAGUACUGAUAAUGCAGAGAUGCGAACUGAGUGGAUGAGGAUGUCUGACGAGGGCCGGUAUGGAACACCGGGUGCUGCUGGCUUAGAAUAUCAAAAAUAUGAGCUGGAACAACAACAACAACAAACACCUGUGAACAACAAUGACCACCCAAUGGAGCCUUCGUUAUUGGACAAUGAGAGUACUAUGAAUAACAACAGCAAGGAUGUUGAAAAUAAACUUAACGCACUAACAUCUGAUGAACUUUAUAAUUUGUUGAAAGAGUAUGAUGCAUUACAAGAUAAAUACCACACUGUUCUGUUAUUACCAAAGGAGUCAAGACGUGAAGUGACAGCCGGUGGACGUGACGGCUCGGCGUAUGUUUUACGUUGUCUUAAAAUGUGGUAUGAGCUGCCCUCCGAUGUGUUAUUCUCUGCCAUGAGCUUAGUAGAUCGCUUUUUGGAUCGUAUGACUGUCAAGCCGAAGCAUAUGGCAUGCAUGAGUAUAGCAUCAUUCCAUUUGGCCAUUAAGCAAUUGGAGCUUAAACCAAUACCCGCGGACGAUCUGGUUACAAUAUCUCAGUGUGGUUGUACCGCUGGCGAUUUGGAAAGAAUGACUGGUGUUAUUGCCAAUAAGUUGGGCGUACAAAUGGGUACAACACCUAUUACAUCGGUCAGCUACCUACGCAUUUACUAUGCCUUAUUCCGUAAUUUGGCUAAAGACAUCGAGGGUCCAUUCUUUGAGUUCUAUCAAAAUUACAUAAAACUUGAAGAAUUAGAGAAUCGUUUGGAAAUUCUGUUGUGUGAUGUUAAAACCACUGUUAUAUCACCAUCAACUUUGGCAUUAGUUUUGAUUUGUCUGCACUUGGAUUUCCAUAUCAAGGAGUCAUACACACGCGGCAGCCCAGAACUGAAGCAUGUCUUCGAAUAUAUUCUCUAUUUGCAACAAUUUAUGCGUAUACCCGAUCGAGUGUUUACCUGCGGUUUUAGCAUUGUCUCUGGCAUUUUAUCGCACUACAAUGGCCAGAAUAAACAGCCUUAUAAGCAGCGUUUGGUAUGGAAGCUGUCGAGUCGUACUUUGCGUGUUCUGCGCCCAACUAAUCGUUUUUCGUCUGAUUUACCCACAAUUGAAGAGGGCAUAUCGAACGCAAUUGACGAUAGCUGCCGAUCGAGAACUGAGAGCAUUAGUUCGGAAGAAGAGGAGGACUGGCCAACUUCACCAAUAAUUCCAAUUUUUGAACAGUGUUAGUAGCGCCAAUAUUUAUAUACAAUAUAUACAACAGGAUAUACUUUUAAAAUAGUUUAAAAUAUAAACUAUUAACCAUCAAUGUGAUAUGUACUGCUGAAUUCAAUUGUAAGUCAACAACAAGGAGAGAGGAUUGUACAAUAAGCUGAUUUUCUAUAAAUCGGACAUCGAAAAGUAAGAUUAUAUCUCGUAAUGUGAUGUGAGUACAAUAAAGAAAAAGUGCAAUCAGAAAAAGUAGUAGCUUUAAACUGAUCAAAAGAAAGAAAAUUCAGUACUAAAAAAGCAGCAGAUUAAUCAUGACCAACAACAACAAACAAAUAAACAAACAACAAUUAUGAAAAACAUAUCCUUCAGAAAGAGCAAAUUUUAAAAGAAGAAAAAUAGAAAAUUUUUUAUUUUAAUAUACUCUGCGCGCGCGAAGUGUGUAUAUUUUGUUAUGCAUCAUAAUUAAACAGAAACAAUUAUAAAUUACUUUAAAUAACAGAAAAAAGAAAAAAAUAAUUGUGUUAAAAAUAAGUUCGAAAAGUGCGUUAAGUUUUCAUAUCAAAAUGAGAACUUAUGCUUUAAGAAAAACAAAAAUUACUAAAAACCAAAAAAAGAAAAAAAAAAACAAAAAAAUUAAAAAAAUUUUUAAGAAAAAAAAUGCUGCGGACCAUCAUAAAAAGGAUUGAUGUUGUUCUGGACCAUUUUAAGUCUUAAAAAUCUUCUUAAUAACUAGAACAACCAUAUACCAAAAUAUAAAUUUUGGCAUGUUUACCAGGAGAGCGUGUGCUGCAAAGAGUGCAGUUUAAGGUUCGCUCAGUAAAAAAAUUAAAUAAUUUAAUUAAAAA